GCCGGGGAUGAAAAGCUCGGAGCAGCGCGUCCGAGCGCCGGAGUCCGAGCGCGGAGGCUGACGGGGUGUGACGCUCAUCCGCACCGCUGCCGCCGUUGUUUUCCGCCCGCCCGCCCGCCUUUGCGGAAACGUUGGUAUCGCAGAAAUGGCCGCGCCGCUGACCGACCAGGACAAAAGGAAGCAGAUCUCGGUUCGCGGGCUCGCCGGCGUGGAAAACGUCGCCGACCUGAAGACCAAUUUCAACCGCCACCUGCACUUCACGCUGGUGAAGGACCGCAACGUCGCGACCAAGCGGGACUACUACUUCGCCCUGGCCAACACCGUCCGGGACCACCUGGUGGGCCGCUGGAUCCGGACGCAGCAGCACUACUAUGAGAAAGACCCCAAACGUGUCUACUACCUCUCCCUGGAGUUCUACAUGGGCCGCACUCUUCAGAACACCAUGGUCAACCUGGCCCUGGAGAACGCCUGCGACGAGGCCACCUACCAGUUGGGUCUGGAUAUGGAGGAGCUACAGGACAUGGAGGAAGACGCUGGUCUGGGCAAUGGAGGGCUUGGUCGUCUUGCUGCCUGCUUCCUAGACUCCAUGGCUUCUCUGGGCCUGGCUGCUUAUGGCUACGGCAUCCGCUAUGAGUUUGGCAUCUUCAACCAGAAAAUUGUCAAUGGCUGGCAGGUGGAAGAAGCUGAUGAUUGGCUGCGCUACGGCAAUCCCUGGGAGAAGGCUCGCCCUGAGUAUAUGCGUCCCGUCCACUUCUAUGGAAGAGUGGAGCACACGCCUGAUGGAGUGAAAUGGGUUGACACACAGGUGGUUUUGGCUCUUCCAUAUGACACUCCAGUGCCAGGCUAUCGUAACAACAUAGUCAACACCAUGAGACUGUGGUCUGCCAAGGCCCCUUGUGAUUUCAACCUCAAAGACUUUAAUGUUGGUGGCUACAUCCAAGCAGUGCUGGAUAGAAACUUGGCCGAGAACAUCUCUCGUGUCCUCUACCCUAAUGACAACUUCUUUGAGGGCAAAGAGCUGCGUCUCAAGCAGGAGUACUUUGUGGUGGCAGCCACUCUUCAGGACAUCAUUCGCCGCUUCAAGUCCUCCAAGUUUGGCUCCACGGAGAUUGUGCGCAUGGACCUGUCCACUCUGCCAGAAAAAGUUGCCAUCCAGCUGAAUGACACUCAUCCUGCUUUGGCCAUCCCUGAGCUGAUGAGGAUCUUGGUGGACACUGAGAAGCUGCCAUGGGAAAAGUCUUGGGACAUCGUGGUGCGUACCUGUGCCUACACCAACCACACUGUUCUGCCUGAGGCCCUUGAGCGUUGGCCCAUCGAUCUGUUCCAGAACCUCCUGCCCCGUCACCUGGAGAUCAUAUAUGAGAUUAACAGGCGGCACCUGGAGCGCAUCACUGCUCUCUAUCCUGGAGACCACGAUCGUCUACGCCGCAUGUCCCUCGUCGAGGAGGGCGGCAGCAAGAAAAUCAACAUGGCGCACCUGUGCAUCGUAGGAUCUCACGCUGUCAACGGAGUGGCCCGCAUCCACUCGGAAAUCAUCAAGAACACUGUGUUCAAGGACUUCUACGAUAUUGACCCUCAGAAGUUCCAGAAUAAGACCAAUGGCAUCACGCCCAGGCGCUGGUUGGUGAUGUGCAACCCUGGCCUGGCUGAGGUCAUUGCAGAGAGGAUUGGUGAGGAUUAUAUCCGUGACCUGGACCAGCUGAAGAAGCUUCUCAAGUUUGUGAAUGAUGACGCCUUCAUUCGUGAGGUUGCCAAAGUCAAGCAAGAGAACAAGAUGAAGUUUGCCGUCCAUCUGGAGGAGCACUACAAGGUCAAGAUCAACCUCAACUCCCUGUUUGACGUGCAGGUCAAGAGGAUCCACGAGUACAAGAGGCAGCUGCUCAACUGCCUGCAUAUCAUCACACUGUAUAACCGCAUCAAGAAGGACCCCAGCAAGCCUUGGACUCCCAGGACUAUUAUGAUUGGAGGAAAGGCGGCCCCAGGUUACCACACAGCAAAGAUGAUCAUCAGGCUGAUCACUGCCAUUGGAGACAUAGUCAAUAACGACUCUGUUGUGGGAGAUCGCCUCAAGGUCAUCUUCCUUGAAAACUACAGGGUCACUCUAGCUGAAAAAGUCAUCCCGGCGGCUGACCUGUCAGAGCAGAUCUCCACAGCAGGCACCGAGGCCUCUGGCACUGGUAAUAUGAAAUUCAUGCUGAAUGGUGCCCUCACCAUAGGCACCAUGGAUGGUGCCAACGUGGAGAUGGCCGAGGAGGCUGGAGAGGAGAACCUCUUCAUUUUCGGCAUGAGGGUGCCCGACGUGGAAGCUCUGGACAAAAAGGGUUAUGAUGCCCUGUCGUAUUAUAACCGCAUCCCUGAACUGAAGCAGGCCAUAGACCAGAUCUCUGGAGGGUUCUUCAGCCCCGAUCACCAUGACCUCUUCAAAGACAUCAUCAACAUGCUGAUGUACCAUGACAGGUUUAAGGUGUUUGCUGAUUAUGAAGAGUACAUCAAAUGCCAAGAAAAAGUCAGUGCUCUCUACAAGAAUCCCAAAGAGUGGACCAAGAUGGUGAUUCAUAACAUUGCCGCCUGUGGUAAAUUCUCCAGCGACCGCACCAUUUCCCAGUACGCCAGGGAAAUCUGGGGCAUGGAGCCCAGCCUGGAGAAAAUCGGAGCUCCCGAUGAUCCCCACUAAGGAUCAUGGCCUUAUGAAGUUCUACCACUUCCAGUUCGGCAUGAUAUGUUGUUCAUGAUCAGAUAAACCCCAUCACUUGUUCAUUGUGUGAGACGUGGCAGUAUUUGUGGAGAUCAUUUAACAGUUUAACCCCUGUUUAUCUUGACGACCAUUCACCCAUAUCAUUUCCCAAGUGGCUUGGUAACGACUUCCAUCAAAAGUGGGCCUAUUCAGAAUCUGGACUUUCCUGCACCAGCAACGCAUAUGCCCCAGCUGCGGCCGACACGGCUGCUGUUCUGACAGGCUGCAUACAUUCCCCUUCCACCUAUGAGCUUAUAUGGACCCUGCGAAAACAUGCAAACAACCUGCGAAAACAUACAAACCUCAUCACUGUUACGACACCAAAAAAAAACUAAACAAAACAGGUCUUCCAUGAACCAGACACCAAGUUCAAGUGUGGUUCAACUGAAGGUGGCCAGAUGGGCACCUUCUCACCAGGGCACUGUGAUCAGCUGGCGUCGGCUUGCAGAAGAAGAAACGCCUUUAAAUGUUUCCAUCGUCGUUCAUAUGCUGCGCGGCUCACAGGUCAUCAUCACGUCUCGGUUUAGGUGAUGAUUUAGGUUGUCUCGACAACUGUUCUAUGGUGUGUUCUGGACGUGUUCAUUUCUGUGUGACGUCAUUUGUGGUCGCCGUAGCAGUGCAGAGCUGUGACCUAUUGACCCACCGUCUCCUGACUCGUGUUCUGUCCAGCAUGACUCGUGUCUCGGUUUCCUUGUUCCGGAAGAGCUCUUUAGUUAGAAGAGAUCAGAGCCUUUCCCUGACCCGUGUGCGGCUGUGUGUGUGUUUAACCCCAAGCAAAGCAUCGCUGUGUUGUGACUCUAACUUGCCUUUGUGUUCAACUACUGCAUCACUGUGCUCCACCGCCACUGCAGAGGUGUUUAAUGAAGGCUCCGGACGGUCGGAUAGGUUCGGGUGCACUUUGACGAGUCUUGCUAUAUCACCGUGUUGAGCGUUCUUUGACAUGUUAUUUUUUAGUCACUCCUUCAGGUCAAUAAACAAAUGAGAAUAAAGGUAAAA